AUGGCGUCGCAGCGUGAGAGUGAAUCGAAGCUCGAGUAUUAUAGAAAGAGUUACGUAUACGCGGAAGCAAACUACGAGUAUAUCAGUUCUGCAUUUUCGUAUGAUGGGGAGGUUUUUGUGAGUUCUUGUGGGGACAACAAAUACCGAGUGCACACCGUGUCAACCCCCAAGACACCUACCCUGAUAGACUCGCCGAUUUUAGGAACAGGGAAAGUUGCUUUUACACACAACCACAAUACAAUUGUAUCAUCCUUUAAUACACGCGGACUUUUAAACUCGUUUGGACUCUUUGACUUAUACACAAAGGAGUUUGUAAGACUGUUCCAUGGGCACACCGAUGAAAUAACUUCCCUCGAACAUAGUAUAUCAGCUGAUAUAGUGCUGACCGCUUCGGCUGAUGGCCAUGUUAUGGUCUGGGAUAUCAGAACGAAUAACGCCAAUGUUGCGAACACGGUCUUCCAAACGAUUCCCGUUGCCAACUUUAACGCAGACGGAAGUGGAAUAGUCGUUGUCGAAGGCCAAAAUUUGGAGGCGUUUGACUUGAGAAAGUUUCCGUAUAACCCUAUUCAAUUUUUACAACUCCAAAACAGUUACUACCCAAAGCUUAAGUGCUCACUCGACGGAAAAAGAGUGGCUGUUUCUGCAGUUAGUGGGAGUGUUUCAAUAAUCGACGCUUUCUUUGAGGGCAAGCCUGUUAUAAACACAUUUGAAACAAGACAAAAGGAUGGUGCGCCAGAAAUCGAGUUUUCCCCCGAAGGCAGUCGGAUGUUGUAUUCCAAUGGGUUUGAUGGGUCUGUCAACGUCUACAACUUCACCACUAAUCUGACUUCACCACUCUCGCAAAGUAAUCAAACGACUGUUCAGUCAAUCAAGUGCAAUUUGAGAUACCCUCUCUUCGCCACUUCAUGUUCCGUAGUGAAUUGGUGGACGGUCCCUUUGAUGUGA